GCAGCCUGAGUGAAGCGGUCGCUGGUUCCCUGCGCUCUUGGCCACAACUCGGUAUUGACCAGAGUAGCUUCGGCAGUGAUGACGGACGACGACUCUGAGACUUCUGCCUCGGAGACACCUGGCCAGGAAGAGAGCGAUCUGCCUGUUUUCCAGUUGUGUGGGCUGGUGGAAGAGCUCAGUUAUGGAAACUCUGCUCUCAAAACUGAGACAGAGAUGUUUGAAAAAUAUUACAGUAAACUGGAGUCCAGGGACCAGCGACCUCCACGAUUAUCAGAAAUCAAAAUAGCAGGAGCAGAAAUUGCACAGUUACGAAGCAGGCGUAAAUCCAAGUCCCGCAUGGGCAUGGAACGUGUGAUGGGCCUCAGUGUGGACCAAAAACUGGAACUUGUGCAAAAGGAGCUGGAAGACACAAAGGAAGAGAUCAGGCACAUGAGAGCAAAUGCUGAGCGCGACCUGCAGCAUCACGAGGCCAUCAUCGAGGAAGCUGAAAUUCGAUGGACCGAAGUUGAGAGAGAAGUGCAUGAGUUUGAAAAAGAUAUUCUAAAGACCAUAUCCAAGAAGAAAGGGAGUAUUUUGGCCACUCAGAAAGUGAUGAAGUACAUUGAGGACAUGAAUCGUCGGAGAGAUAACAUGAAGGAUAAAUUACGUUUGAAAAAUGUUUCGCUCAAAGUCCAGAGGAAGAAGUUGCUUUUACAAUUGAGGCAGAAGGAAGAGGUAGGCGAGGCCCUCCACGACGUUGACUUCCAGCAGCUGAAGAUCGAGAAUGCUCAGUUUUUAGAGACGAUUGAAGCAAGGAAUCAAGAGCUGAUCCAGAUGAAGCUGGCAUCUGGAAACACCCUGCAGAUCCUUAACGCGUACAAACGAUCAUCUUUGCUCAAGACUUCCUGUGUUGUUAUAUUGCAGAGCAAGCUACACCACGCCAUGGAAAUGUCCCUCAAUCUGACCAAGGAGUUCUUGCUGAGAAAAGAGUUACUUGAAAAAGUUGAAAAAGAAACCCUACAAGCAGAGGAGGACCGGGCCAAGGCCCUGGCUCUGAACAUGCAGCUCCGGAAGCAGCUGUCUGAGUUCCGAGCUCCACAGGUGAUGAUGUACAUCCGGGAGAAGAUCCGCAACGGGGACCUGGAGAAGACCAUCAGGAUGUGGGAGAGGAAAGUGGAGAUCGCAGAGAUGUCCUUGAAAGGCUACCGCAAAGCUUGGAAUAAGAUGAAAAACACCAAUGAGCAGUUGCAGGCAAUUUCUGGCCCUGGGAAAUAGCCAGAAGGAAGCUACCGCUGCCGACCAAAAAGUGAUCCAUUAAAGUUAUUAGCUCCUGUCUAA